AGCGCCCGCUCCACGCCGGCCUCUGAGCAGACAGAGCCGGGGAAAGUCACCGCUAGCAUGGCGCUAACCCGACAGUGAGGUGACCGGUGACAGCGCAUCGGGGGUUCGGCUGUAGUCUGGACGACUAUUGCAGCUCGUUUAGGUUGAGGUCCGGAUCGGGUUUUGGUUCGGUCCCGCAGCGCAGACGGUCGGUUCGGGGUGUCCGGCGGCUGCCUGUCGUAAAUGUUUGAGAAACCACAUCCAUGGUGCAGCUAGCUAGCUCGCUAACCGAAUAUAUCAGCUCAUCCGGUUCUGUUUGUGCCGCUAGCCAAAAAAGUACCAAAACCAGCCGAGAAAUGGACCGGGACGGGUCCACCAACUACGGCCUAGCUCCAGUUUAACAUUUGUUAGCAACUUUUAAAGAAGUUAUCGUUAAGUUGCUAGCGCUGUUGGCUAGCAGGACAGCUAGCAGGAGCAAAGCAGAAACUGUAACCCUGGCACAGGCUCUAAUCCUGUGGUGCAUCCUGUGGCAGGUCAGAUCCAGAGCGGGUUUCCUCUGAUGGUCCUCUUGUUGGCAUUUGUCGUCGUUCCUGCUCAUUCCAGCCGAGUCUACUGGAGUAACCUGGAGGGGAGAAGACCGUAGUUUCCCUUUGCUGCCGGUUUUGAGCCGGCGAGGACGAGAAGGGGAGCAUGGCGACCAAAGCGGGUGACGACCCCGACAGCCUCAUGACCCUGACCACCGUCUUCUGCCUCAGGAACCUCAGGAGGACCAUGUGCUAUCAGGGUCUCCAGAACAAGCUGUGUCUGCGCUCCGACAUCUUCCUCCCGAGCGAAAUCUGCGACAAGCUGGUCAACACGUACAUGGAGCUGGUCCACACAGACAGUAACUUUGAACCCGAGGAGAGCUUCUUCCAGCUCUUCUCUGACCCCCGGAGCACCAGACUGACCCGAGUGCAGCUGAGGGAGGACUUUGUGCGGGACCGAGACCUGGAGGCCAUAAGCAAGCAGGACUUGAUCGAGCUCCACCUCACCUACUGCAACGGGCUGUCCUCCCGCAGCCUGAAGACGCUGGCCUGCUUCAGGGACACCCUGGUCUCUCUGUGUCUGUUCGGCUGCAGCAACAUCUUCUACAAGAAGGGGGGGGCUCCGCUCGCCUGCAACGAGAGCACUGAGGAUGAGGAGGAGGAGAGCCCCGCCUCCAGACAGGCCCUAGAAACAGACUUCAGCUUCCAGGGGUUCAACCGCCUCCGGCUGCUGAACCUGGGGGGGCUCCCGGACGAGGUGGACGCCGAGGCGCUCCUCAGACCCCUCAGGUGCGUCACCUCCCUGGACCUGUCCAACGUGCACCUGCUGGGGACGGCCUUCCUGACGCAGUGGAAGGACAGACUGGCGUCUCUGGUUCUGUACAACGUGGACCUCUCUGAGGAGCUGAUCAGCACCGUGCUGGAGCUGGUUCAUCUCAGACAUCUGGACAUCUCACAGGAGAGCAUGAGGGUCACCAAGUUCAAGAUGACCAGGAAGAUCCUGACGGCCAUCGUGCAGCGUCUGCUCCAUCUGGUUUCUCUGGACAUCUCUGGCCACAUCAUGCUGGACAACUGCACCGUCCCACACUUUGAGGAGGCCAUGGGGCGUCCCAGCACUGAGCCGUGCAAGAGCAGCAUCUACCCCUUCAGGGAGCUGAAGAGGCCGCUGCAGUUUCUGGGCCUGUACGACACCACGCUGUGCAACGUGACGCACAUCCCCGCCUACAAGGUGACCGGGUCAAAAAAUGAGGAGCAGGUUCUGAACGCCAUCGAGGCGUACACAGAGUUUCGUCCCGAGCUGGCCCACAGAGCCAUCAACCAGCUGUUCGACAUCGCCAGGAUCCAGCACUGCAACCAGCUGCUGCGCGCCCUGCAGCUCGUGAUCGCAGCUCUGAAGUGCCACAAAUACGACAAAAGCAUCCAGGUGACGGGCAGCGCGGCUCUGUUCUACCUGACCAACACCGAGUAUCGCAGCGACCAGAGCGUGCUGCUCCGCCGAGAGGUGAUCCACGUGGUUCUGAACGGGAUGGAGCAGUACCAGGAGGUCACAGUCCAGAGGAACUGCUGCUUGACUCUGUGUAACUUCAGCAUCCCAGAGGAGCUGGAGUUCCAGUACCGGCGUGUCAACCAGCUGCUGCUGAAGAUCCUGGAGCCGGCCCGGCAGGACGAGUCCAUCCAGAGGAUUGCCGUCCACCUGUGCAACGCUCUGGUCUGCCAGGUGGACAACCACCACAAGGAGGCCGUGGGGAAGAUGGGAUUCGUCAAGACGAUGCUGAACUUGAUCCAGAAGAAGCUGCUGGACAGAAUGUGUGAUCAGGUGAUGGAGUUUUCCUGGAGCGCUCUGUGGAACAUCACCGAUGAGACGCCAGACAACUGUCAGAUGUUCCUCAACUGUCGCGGCAUGACCCUCUUCCUGGACUGUCUACAGGAGUUUCCGGACAAGCAGGAGCUUCACCGCAAUAUGCUGGGGCUGCUGGGAAACGUGGCUGAGGUCAAGGCUCUGCGGCCACAGCUGCUCACGCCACAGUUCAUCUCUGUCUUCAGCAACCUGCUGGACAGUAAGGCAGACGGCAUCGAGGUCUCGUACAACGCGUGCGGCGUCCUGUCACACAUCAUGUUCGACGGCUCUGAGGUUUGGGCCAUGCAGGAGCCGCGCAGGGAGCUGGUCAUGGAGAAGAUGUGGGAGGCCAUCCGGAGCUGGGACGUCAGCUCACGCCGCAACAUCAACUACAGGUCGUUCGAGCCCAUCCUGCGCCUGCUGCCACAGGGCAUCUCCCCCGUCAGCCAGCACUGGGCCACCUGGGCGCUCUUCAACCUGGUGUCCGUCUACCCAAGCAAAUACUGCCCGCUGCUCAUCAAGGAGGGGGGAAUAACUCUGCUGGAGAAAGUUCUGGAGCUGGAAAGUUCUCAUCCAGAGACCAAGGACAUGGCCAGGAAGGUCAUGGAACAGUGUGAAAGUUUCCAUGACGACCCGAUGGAGACCAACAACGGACAGGAGGUCAACUACGGACACAGAGGCUGACCUGCAGGAGGCGCCUUUCCACCGUGUUCACCCCCCCACCAACCUGGAGGGGGCUGCAUCUGCGUCCCUCCUCUUCCUCCCCACUUGUGUAGAGCAGAAGCAUUUCUGACCUUCAUCCGUCUCUUCAGCUGUGGGCUUCAUGUGUGUGGGGGGGGUCACUUCUGCUGCACGCCAGCGUCUCUGCCGUGGGGGGGGGCGGGUUGGGUCGACUCUUUUCUCAGUGUGUGUGUGUGUGUGUCUGUCUGGGACGUUUGGACUGACCCCCCCCAAAAAACAAAUGUGGGACACGUGCACGCUCCUGCUGGUGCAGCAGAUGUUUGUAAAUAUUCCUCUCCUCCUUUUACUGUUUUCUAAACUGUGAAGUGUGUGGCUCGUGCACGCUGUCCUCCAUCAGCAGCUGGAGGGGGCGCUCUGGAUCCGGGCCGGCGGCGGGCGCUCUGGAGGUCAUGAACUCUGCACGUACAGACGCUCUUCAGCUCCGCCCGGUUCCCUGCAGCCUCGGACACGCCGACGUCUUCCUGACUUUGCUGAUUCAGUUUGACGGCUCAGGACGCACGUUCCCCUCAAACGUGCACGAAGGGACGAUGAAGAUGUUGGUGAGCGGCUCGCUAAUAUCCAGCAGUGGACGCCGCAGAAGCUCAGAAUCUCAACUCCAUCCACUGACGGACAAGAACAGGCCACGCCUCCCUGAGGCAGAGGGACGCUCUGACCAGAAGCAUUUCUGUCCGAUUUGAAAUCGGGGGGGUCCAGUGGGUCGGCCUUGUGGACUGAGACGACCCACAUGUUCUGAAGCUGGUUUGAACUUCCGGGGAGUUUGAGCAGAGACGGCGUCUCCAGAUUUUACUAUUUAUUCUAAGUUUGUGUUGAGAGAUUUUUAAGGUUUGUGAAGGUCGGCCCUCGUCUUCAUCGUUCUGAGGUUUCUGCAGACUUCAGAACCCGUCCACACCCCCAAAGAUCUUCAGAGCCCAGAACAACAGAACCUUCCAGCAUCAGAACUUUAAGACUGGGCACUGAACAAAGCAGCUGCAGAGGAGGCGGAGCAAUGAAAGUUAGCCCCGCCACCUCCUCUAAACGGCAGGAGGGGUAGAGCUCCACCAGUUCUGGGGAUGUUGGGUCUGCUCCAGACCUUCUAUCUGGACUUUCCUGGAGGUGAACCAGGUCAGCUGUUGGACCAGACCGGUCAGCCGGCUCGGUUUUUCUCCCUACGGGUUCUGCUGGUGGGGAGGGGUGUUUCCAGGAGUGGGCGGGGCUUGAUUCAACACUCGCAUAGACAGAACACGGAGCUGCAGCUCUUGGAUUCUGAGGCGUUUCCCGACAAACAUCUGCAGAGGACAAUUGUUCAACAUUCAAGAUGUUUGUGCUGACAGCUCAUCACCUCAUCCGCUCUUUUUAUAUUUCUCCAGCUCUCAGUUUUGAUCUUCAUGCUGCUGAUCAGUUCAACUCAAUGGAGGAAGAACUUUGAACCCCAACCAUCGAGAAGCUCCAUUUUUUUGUUUUCAGUAAUUCAAUGACAUAAAUGUAAAAGAGAAUAAGCAAUAAACCCAGAGAAGCCUGA